ACAAAACACUCUUCAUAAAAAGAACAAAAACAGAGAAUAAAAUAUUAAAAUUACAGCACAAACAAAUAUUAAUAGCAACCUCCACUUCGCUUAUCCCACCCUUCACACACAAUUCCAACCUGAAAUCAAGAACAACAGCUAAUACAAAUGGGAGAGGAAGAAAAUAAAUUAGAGAAAACAAGAGCAGCGGAAAAAGAGCAGCCAAUAGAACCAAAAAAGGCAGAAACAACUGUAGUAGAAGAUAAAGGAGUAGAAAAAUUGAUGGAAGAACCAAAAUCCGAAGCCGUAGUUCUACCUGAAAUUGUGCUAAGAGUGUUCAUGCAUUGUGAAGGUUGUGCCCGCAAGGUUCGUCGUUCACUGAAGGACUUUCCAGAUUAUAACUGUUGUUCUGAAAGUUCACAUGCACUGCCAAGCUUGUUCACAAGAAAUCAAGCGACGAAUACUCAAAAUGAAGGGAGUGGAAUCAGCUGAAGCAAAUCUAAAGAAUUCAUUAGUUAGUGUAAAAGGCGCCAUUAACGCUUCGAAGCUUGUUGACUACGUGUACAAGAGAACAGCAAGACAUGCAGUAAUAAUAAAGGUAGAACCACAGGAAACAUCAAAGAUUCAAGAAGAGAAACCAACAAAUUCAGAAGAAGAAAGAGCAAAAUUAAAGGAAGAAGAAAAGUCACAACAAGAACAAGUUGAUAGCACUGAAAAUAACAAGAAAGAAGAAGAAAAGAAGAAUAAAAAAGAAGAGAAAGUAGCUGAAGAAGAAAUAAAACAAGAAGAGAAAGAAAAAGAGGAUAAUAAUAAUAAUAAUAAUAAUAAUAAUAAUAAUAAUAAUAAUAGUAGCAAAGAAAAAGAGAUUAGUUUGACUAAAAAUGAAUAUUACUAUUACCCACCAAGACAUGGAAUGGAGUUGUAUGCAUAUGCCUACAAUUAUAAUCUUCCACCACCUCCACCUAUUUCUCUUCUUAAUAAUGCACACCCUCUUUAUUAUCAAAACUAUCCUCCUCAGAUGUUUAGUGAUGAAAAUCCAGAUACAUGUAAUGUUAUGUAAAAAGUGAAUGAAUUAAGGGGUAUUAUGGAAUUUUUACCGAAAAUUCUAACAUUUAAGAUAGUUGUAUCUUUUCUUCUUUAUUUGUUCAGUUAUUAUUGUAAUAUU